GCAGACGACACACCAUUGGGAGGAUACUGUAGCCGUAGGGUUGCUGUGGUAGAGGGCCAUUUGCCCUCCGGCUUUCUUUCUCGCCACGCCCCCGCCACGUGGCAUCGUGUUUUCGUUAGUGAUAAGCUUCUCUUUGUCCUUUUUCCCGCUUAGUACAGGAAAAAUCGUUCUCAUUACAUGCACACACACACACACAACGUGGCUGGACAUGGCACCUUGGCAAACACGCAACGGGCGUAAUUUUUGCCCUCACGCUGUGCUUCCUGCCGCCGACGGUCGUGUCGAACGUGUGGAGCAGCGCGCGUUGCAAUCUUCUCGCGUCGUUAAUUUAUCUCACUCCUAGGAUGCACACACACACACACAACUAUUUCCUUUUCAAACAAACAUGUCGUUCAUUAGCCCGGCUCUCCCAAUGCUCCAGUGGCCAGAAAAUCCGCCCAUAAUGGGGUAGGAUUUCUUUUCCUUACGGUGACCACUACUACUUCCCAAGCUUCCCAUCACGGUCAUCUUAAUGAAGUUUGUCUAAAUAUUGACCACAGCUUCUGCUUCCUCCUCUUCUUCUUCUUCGUGCGUGCCAGCUAAUGUUACUUACGUUACGUUACGUUACUCCAACCACAUGCUACACUAUUAUUGGCCAUCCUCACGGCUCGUUAUGAUGUCAGCAAUUGCAAAAAGAUUGGCUGCACGACCCUUCCCUGCACCCAACCGUGCGAUAAGAAACAGGCGUCAUCAUACAUGCGUGUGAAAAUAACGUAACGUAGUAGCCAUGGGCGGGAGACGCUGCUCUCAUGCCGGGAAAUGGUUGGAAGGACAAUGCUGCAGCUAAGCGGUUCAACCGGCUUGUGGCAGUGGGGGCGAGACUUAUCUAGAGCGACAACCUAUAAGCGCAAAGGAGGUAAUGUUUUUUUGUUCCUUUACUGUUUUUUUAUUAUAUUUUUAAGUUCAUUUGCUGAUCCAAUACGCUUGUUUUUAGGUAAAAUAGUUUUACAUUAAAUCCGUUCUGAAAACUAUCAGUUUAUUACGCGACACGUGACUCCUAAUAUCACGUUUAUUAUACCGAUCUUUAUCUGGCAAUUCCAUACUUUGAUUAUCAUCAAGAGAAUACCGACCCUAAACAACAGAUUAAUGGUAUUAUUUUCCUACUGACUCCUUAAAAAAAUGCAUCUAACUGUCUUUUUGAAUCGUAAUCCUGAAAAGACAGCACGACCCAUUGACCAGGGGCUAUAAAUGGCCUUCUUGGAUACUAGUGAUGGGCGAGUCAACCCGAACCUAUCGGGUCGGAGCCAACCGUUAGCGACCCGGAGUCGUUCGGGUCGACCCGAACAAGCUAGAAGUACGUUCAGCAGGUGCAAGGACUCCGGUAGGUGCAAGAAAGCAUAAGCGACUCCAACCCGUUGGGCCAUGGUAGAUUACCGUAGGUUAGCGUGUUAAUACCCGCCCCGAACUCGCUGCACCAACCGGUUGGAGUCGCUUAUGUUUUCUCGCACCUACUAAAUAUUCGGAUCAACCCGAACUCGUUGCACCGUCGGCCGACUGGUUCGCACCCGCACUGGCAUCGGGUCGGUCCUUGAAAUGAAUCGAAUGACCCACCACUAUUGGAUACAUUUGAGAAACUAGCAUUGUUAACGGACGCCGGCAGUUUCCAGUAUCAUCAUUCUACUCCGGUUAGGUCUUUGUGCAACACGGUUACGGGCAACUUUGUUGCUGAUUUGACAUCUAAAAAGUAGCUAGUUCCGUGGAGCAACCGGGGUUUACCCUUUUCGUUUCGUAGGUUUUUCUUAUCGUUAUCGUACCUUGCAAGCAUUGCGAUUGUAGUAAAGCAAACGAUGGCCAAUCAGGAGGCCGCGUCCCCAAUACGGCAGCUUCCAUUGGAGCUAAUGUGCACUAUAUUUGACCAUCUCGACAACUACAGCGUAAAAAACUGUUCACUUGUGUGCCGCCAAUGGAAGGAGAUAAUUUUUUCCGAUUAUUAUAUAAAGAGAUUCGUGUUGCGGUUGCCAUCGAGUGUUAGUAACACCAGGGUGCUCGAACAGUCCGAUCGUUUGUAUCGCCAUGUACAUCUUCAGAGCAACCUUCAGAGCAAUACUAACGAUUUCAACGUAAUGUACAACAUCGUGUGCUAUCCGAGGCUGAAGCAGUACCUAACAUUCAGAGCAACAGUCGAGCCGCCAUGGAACCAUGUGAAAAUGAUUACGGACGCCAUUGGGCGCAUGAAGGUGCUUCGAGAACUAUACCUAGUUAACACAGACGCAAGCAACUCGGUCAUGAAGGCUAUCCAAAUUUGCAGCGAUUCGCUGCAGUUCCUCAGCUUGAAAUGUGCAGUUCCAGCUGUUAUCAAAGCACCCUAUCUCAAAACGCUCGUAUUGGAGCUGUUCCUCACGAAUGCUGAAGCGAAUGUGGUGCUAUAUUCUUACAGGUUUCCGCAUCUUAAAUCUAUGAAGCUGUCUGAAAGCGGAUCACGCGAUUUUUUCAAAACGGAGCACGUGGAGCAUGCAUUAUCUUUUUUUGCCCAUCUCAAGGAACUGGACGAGCUGAUACUAACAGACAUUACCGUUAACGGCUACAUUUUUAAAGCAAUUUGCGGAAGCUGUACUAAUCUAACAAAAUUGCAUCUGGAUGAGCUGUGCAUUGUCAACAAUUCCACAAUGUCUAGCCUUUCAAACCUUACCAAGCUUCGUGAACUUAAACUCCGACGAAUCUAUUCCCUUACAAGCAUUUCGUUUUUACCCGUAACCUUACCGCAUCUAGAAUUGGUUGCUAUUGGUGAUUUUGAAAUGCAGUACGAAACGCUGCGUGCAUUUAGGUCGGCAACGAGGAUUGAAUUUUUGUUCGGAGAAACGAUUCCCAUGGAGCUCAUCUUAGCCAUCGCUAGCCAGAUGCCGAGAAUACGACAAGUGGAGCUCCCAACGUCUCGGGCGAAUUAUUUUCAAUCUCUAAUACUACUUCCAAAGUUGGAAGUGCUUGUGAUAAACAAGUGUAGCUUUGAAGACUUACCGAGGUAUGUGCAGCAUCCUAUAGACGUUAUUAAAGAGCUCUGUUGCCCCAGCACAGUCAAUAUGCCAGAUGACAGGAUCAUAGCGCUACUGCUGGACCGCUUUCCUAAUCUAAAAUUGCUUAAAUAUGGCAAUAAUUUGGAGCAUCAAAGCCUAGUUUCACCUGCUUCCCUUGAAUUGCAUUGUAAUAUUAACUAAUAUCAGUAUGAACUAAUGAAAUAUAUAUCAAAAGACAUAAAUGA